AUGGAUACUCUUGAACUUGACGACCCUCACUCUUUGCACAAUGCUCGUAAAGAGAGGCAGCAUGCUGGGGGCAACACGGUACCUCAGAUGGAGCAGAAGCAACUGGCGGCCUUGUAUGGGAGGCGGCAGCGGCUACUCAGCGCCUACGUGGCAAGACACUAUGGCAGCUGCUGGAGCACGAACAAGGGCAUGAGGAGGAUUGCCCGGCGGCUGGGACGGCGGCAGAGAGAGCCGGAGAUCAGGACCGACGCCGAGCGAGAAUUCGCGCGCCUCCUCACUGCCCACAGCCUCGCAGGCAAGGACGACGCCGGCAUUGACAUUCUGGCAUGGGACCAGAUGUCGCUCAUGACGGACAUGCUUGCAGAUGCCCCAAAGCGUGAGGCCGAUUCAGAGUUGGAGUCGACUGCCGAGACCAAGAAUCGACAACCACGAUGGGUGGCUCGCAGCACCGACACGGACGUGGCUUCCAAAGGCCGAGGUCCGUCGAAGCAGCUGAUGGUCAGGUCUGGCGGCCUUGGAGACGACGUCAUGCCGUUUUGCUGCGACAGCCUGUACGACUAUGAGGAGUAUGCCGAGCAUGGCAGCGUGCUGUGGAGGACCACUGCUACCUGGGACCACAUCUUCGACGAAGCAGCAUAUGCGAGAAGGGAUGCCAUGUGCCAGGCCGAGGUUGACGAGUCCAACGCCGACGACUGGGGUGUUGCUGCCGGCUUUGCUCACUACGAACACGGGCUGCUGCGACACCCAAAGUACACGUUGAACGGGGCCGGGGACUUGGGGAAACAAUUCCUGUGCAUGUUCAAGGGCAACGAGCGGCUAUAUGACUGCAGCCAAACAGUAAGCGCCCUGGCUCGCGCCGCGCAAAUAUCCCCCCUGGCCUCCACGUCCAUCAGUGUCACGGAAUACAGCCUCUACACGGGGGGCCCGGUGGCUGUACCGCCGCCGCGUUCCUUCACCUUUGCCUCCGAGGUGGUUGUCCCAAACCUGCAACUGGGCGAGCCAGGGUGCGUCUAUCUCAAUGGGGUCGAGGUGAAGAACACCAAGAGACACCGCGCCGAGGCCAUAUCCAUGGCACAGCCGCGCCUCGUGCCCGACUUCUUGCGGGCCGGGGAUGUCUCCCCGUGCUUCUACAACAUGUGUAUAGUGGCCGGCCGGCUGAGGUACGACUGCUUCGACAUGAUGAUGGGCAGUUAUGCAUUCACCAUGGCCGACUACGCGGACAAGUUCGGCGCCGACAAGACGGCAGCGACCCAUGGCUGGGCCGAUGCCGUCGUCAACAGCUUCGUGAACCCCAGAGCCGUCCACUACAACAUUGAGUCGUCCAUGUGCACUGCCGACGUGAUUGUGCAGAGACUGAUUGACAACUACGAACGGGGCCCGUUGCCUUCGCCCGAGGAGCUCCUUGACGCGCGGUGGAUUGACGGCGCGCUCCCCCAGUUCAUCGACUUGGCCCUCCGGUGCCAGGUCGGCGGAGGGACGUACAAGGGCUGGUACGACAGUACCUGUGUCUACGUGCGUCAGGCCCUCGACAGCGUCGCCACGUUCCACGACUUCUGGGACCUGAUCGAGGACACUGCCGGGGGCGAGGGCGGAAACGUGUGCAGGCUCUACACCAGGGAAGCGCUCUGCCACAUGGCCGACUGGUGUCACGACAUCGGCAGGCGGCUGGCCGAGUGUGAGUGCGGCGACCGGAUGCACGGCUUUGGCUACGUCUGGUUCCUGGUCAGCGAGCUGUACUAUGUUACCGUCGCCCGAUGGGGGCUGUUGACGGCGCGCGGAGACGGCCAUGAGCCUCUCAGCUACCACAGCAGAGAGCCGUGGCUGGCGGACGGGACGCCGUACUGGACGACGGAUGUUGUGCGAGUCAAGGAGGCCAGGACGAGGCUGGUGGAAUCCAUCAUCGGGCGUACAUGCCGUGAUCUCGUCACGCUGGCCGCGUCCCCCGACGUCCACCCCGAGAUGCAGAAUCUCAUGCGCAUGUGGGCGGCCGUUUCCAACAGGACGUUUGCCGACAGCGUCAAGAUGCACUACCACAUGAGCAACGCCGUAGCUGCCUCUGCGCCGCUUGGCGUACGCGGAGCCGACGUCGACUGGAGGACCUGGGUUGAGGUAUACAACGCCCUGAGCUACGAGGUGUCCUUCAACCCGGGCAGUCCGUACCGGUGUGUGACGUCGCGGUAUGCACAAGUCCUGCAUGUCCAGCUCCGCAGCAAGGGGCGGAUAUCGCACGCCAUAAACACUGAACUAACAGAUGAGUAUGCGUGCCAUCAGAGGAAUAGCGGAGGUACCGCAGCCUAUGCGGAUUAG